CACACUCAAACACUUAACAAAAGAAACAACACUUUAUCCAACAUGGCAAGCAAGAUCACCAACACUGUCAAGGAGGCCGUCGGCAACACCAAGGAGAAGCUCGGCCACGCCACUCACAACGAGAACAUGGCUGCAUCCGGUGCCGCCCAAAGCGCUCAAGCUCAUGCCGCCAAGCAGCAAGCCAGCCACGAGCGUCAUGCUGAAGGACUUGCCCACAACGUCGAGGGUAACACUCAAAAGGCUACGGGCAACCUCACUAACGAUCAUUCCCUCAAGGCUCGUGGCCAUGCUAACGAUGCCCUCGGCAACGUCCAACGCUCCGUCUAAAGCCCUCAAGAUCGAUCCCUUAAAGGAGAUGUUCGGAGUAUUAUCGAUUAGGAAUCACUUAAUGUUCUUGAAGCGCUGGCUAUUCCAUGCUUAACAAACACAAUCUGUUCUACUUUUGACACUUCUUUUGUAAAUAAAUAAACAUAUUUGUAAUAACUGA